AUGCCAACAGUCUUACUUCCUUCUUCGGCCGCUGCCUUUGCGCCACGCUCCUCCCCAAAUGUGGUCCUGACUAAAAAGGUUGCGCCAUGGUUGACGGCGACUCUAAAGCGAGUGAAUCGGGUCAAGCGUCCUCUGAACAAUGUCACCCAACAUACACGAUGCUUGACAGAGACGUUAUCGUCGCAAAAUGCGAUCUGGACCCUGUGUUCAAUGAUGUUCACCAAGGCUCCCGAAGCGGAGUUGCGGAAGGAUGAGAACCCACUCAUGGAAGGUCUCUUCAACUACCAGAUGAUUCAUAUCGAAGCCUACGUGGUACAUGUUGACAUGGUCUCACGAAACGAGGUAGCCUUCAAGCUUACACCGGAAACGAUUGAAUCAUUGAUAGACUACCACCAGGAUAUCUAUUCAACAGAUGCCGCCGCCAACACCUGGGACUGGUCCGGUAAGCAAAGCCAGCUGAAGAAGUUACAGGAGGAAUUCGUCCAAGCCGCCAACAAGUUUGUUUAUCGAACCGACGUCGAAGCCUUGGAGGGAUUGGAGGAGGACGGUGCCGGAGAGCUACUGUGUGGACUGAGCGAAGAGGCAAAGAACUCUAUCUCGAACAUGUUCGUACCGCUGCUGCCACCUCCACCACGGGUGGUGGAUGUGAUGCGCCCAGUCCCUCUCCUACCUAGUUCGACUGGCCCUGAAGCUUGGUGGAAUUCUGCCAUGCCACCAUCCGCACCGAUCGAGUCGUGGAAAGUACUGCCGCCCAGUCCAGCCAGCACGGAUGAUUCUAACCCGAAUCUUUGGGCUAGUCUCAGUUUCAGUGAUGCUCAGUUGCCGUCGCCGACCCCAUCCUACUGCCAGCCGUUCACCACCGAGCCAUACCCAUCGUACGACAACAUGGUAACCACAUCGGCGAUUAUGGCACCGCUCCCACUCCCUAGCAUGCUUGUACAACAAUGCAGUACGGCAGCCACCAUGGGAGGGUUCGGUUGGGGAGACUUCGCUCCGUUGCCCUACGGCACCACGAUCUAG